UCGUUAUUUCUUUUUAUGUAAAUUAAUUUUUUUGAUUGAUCAUGUUGAUGAUUAUAAAUUUUUGUCAACUGUGUUAGUACAAUUUUUUAUUCGAGUUUCUUGACAUUGGUUAAAUAAGAGGAUUUUAAUUUUCCUUCUUUUUUGUCAACUGAUUAUUAAGUCAACUGUUGAAUUCACUUUUCUUGUAAUUUUCUUGUUAUGGGUUUCAUUUGAUUCGUAAUUUUAUAAGUUUUUGAUCUAACUUUUCUUGUUAUUUCUUGAUACGUAUGUUGAAACUUUAAAUAAUCUAAGUCAACUGUAAUUCAAUCUUUUGGUGAUAACUGUGAUACAAAUAUUGGAGUUUUUUUAAAAAAAAUUGUAGAGGAGCAAAAAGGAGUAUCUCAAUCAUCUUUGACUGAUGUUAUGGCCAUUGUCACUGUUUUUCCUGAUAUGGGUUUUAAUCCUUCUUGUUUUUUUUGAUGUCCUUUGAGUUUUCUUGAUUAACUCAUGGUAUUUUUUCGUUCUUUUUUCAUUUUCUUUAGUUUUUGGGUUUAGAUAGGUGGUUGUGGAGGACAUGCAUUAUGGUUCAAGGCUAGUAGGUAGCAAUGUGUUAACUUGUUAUCACUGAUCUGUCUUUACUAAUAAUUGUCUAUUGUUCCGGUAGUUUCUUGUCCUUCGAUUAUGUUAAGUAUUAUUUGUUGUUGCUUGUAAUUCGAGUAUGGUAUCAUUCUGUUGUUGUUACUAUUUGCUAUGCGCUGUAAGUCUGUUACUUUUUUCCGGAUUGCUUUGGACGAUUUUCUUGAGUCGAGGAUCUAUUGGGAACAGACUCUCUACCUAUGAGGUAGCGGUAAGAUCCGCCUACACUCUACCCUCCUCAAACCCCACCUUUUGGGAUUAUACUGGGCACGUUGUUGGUGUUGUUGUUGUAUUUUCUUUAGUUUUUGAACACUUGAUUGUUUUGUGUUAUGACUUGUUGGAUAGAUACUCGGGAACUGUGUUGAUAGGAGGUAGCAGGAGAUAUGUGUGGAAUUAGCCGAGGUGUGCGUAAGCUGGCUUAGAUACCAUGGUUACCAAAAAAAAAAAUUUCUGUUAUGAUCAGUUUCUUCUGGGGAUUCUAUGUUUUUGAUCCACAGCUGGGCCAGCUGUAUUCAAGAGUUACUGCGUUGUUUAUGCUGUUAUCUAUGUUUUUCUUCUUUUCUUUUAAAAACAUAGGUUCAAUUGUUCAUCUUCUAAAAAUCUAUGACAUUCUAAAGGAUGAAUAGUUUUGUGCUGGGGUUUAUAUGCAACAGAUAUAGUUACAAAUUGCUAAUUUGUUGAUGGUUUUCUUACUAUCUAUCACAAAAUCAGUACUAUAGUUCUUGCAACAGGAAGUCAAUGAACUUCCAUAGAUAUCUUGUGUCAGUUUUAAUGGCUUAUAUGAUGAGGUACAAGUAGUUUUAGCUGACAAACUUUUUUAAAAAAGUAGUGUUAGCUGAUAAUGAACUGUUGGAAACCUACAAGUCAAUUAUUCUUGAAAAUUCUGGAAGUUGAUCUUCUAGAAAUGAUGUAAAAUGAAUAUGAGUUUCUCCAUGGAACAGAUGUUUUAGACUUAGUUGUUUUUGAAAUUUUUGAGACUGUUAUAGUAUGUUUCUACUUCUUCAGAGGUAGUGGUAUGGACUGCGUACAUCACACCCUCCUUAGACCCCACUAUGUGGGAAUACAGUGGGUUUGUUGUUGUUGUUGUUGUUAUAGUAUGUUUCGAAAAGCAACUUUUAAGUUCUGACUUGGCCGGCUAAAGGAAAUAAGCCAUUAUCAUUUAACUUCUUAAUCAUAUGUCAUAGUUGAUGCUAAAUAUUGUAUAUGGUUUGACAGAAUUUGGUGGUUAGUGUAAAUAAUGGAUGUACAUUCUGGAAAAACAGCUAUAAAUGGGCUUGUUGUGCCCAAAAGAGGUUUAAGGGAUACUGCUGAUAGUAGAGAUGAAAAUGUUCAUCCGUGCUCACGGCUUGGAUGCAGUGGUCGGCUCAACCAUUUGAAGAGCAGCUAUGUUGGAACUACAGAGAAAUCCAGAUCAUUUAGGCCUGCUUUCAAUGCUUCAAAUGGCAAGGAUGUGGUUGGGAGUUCAUCUAGGACAUCUUCACUGCCUAGUGUAGGAAAGGCACGCGAGACAUCUAACAUGAAAUCUUUCUCUCAAGUUGGAAAUGAUCAAUUAGGAAUUAGUUCUUUGGAUGGUGUGCCAAAAGUUACAGAACAAAUUCAGUCUUCGCCAGAAUAUCAACUCAAAAUUAAUUCAGCAGUGAGAGGUACUGGAUCAAGCAAAGCUAGAUCGACAGAAGCUGGCUACUCUAGUGGAGCAUCCAGCAGUAGACCUCGUAAAAUAGUUUGUCACAAGUCAGGUUCGUACAAUCAAAAUACACUAAUGCAUGCCUCUGCUUCUUCACAAUCUAAAGGCAUUGGUUCUGAAAAGCAGCCCUGUAGCAGUGGGGCUGGAUAUGGGUUGAGAAAUCUAAAUUGUAAAUCCAUAUCAGAUGUCCUCCCACAUAAUUGUUCAAAGUCAGAAUCAAGAUUUAGUAGAACGGACAUGGUAAAAAGGAGAAACACCGAAGGUGAAAGCAGUUCAUCUGUUAAAGGGAAGAAAAUUGCCAAGGCAUCACUAAGAGAAAAGCAUGUCAGUCGUCCAACUCGUGGAGUCUCCAUCUCUGAGUCAAGAAGUGGCAGAAAUUUGGAUUUUAGUGUGAAUAAUCAUGCUGCAUCAGUUCAGACCCACAGGCCAAUGAAUGUGAAUUCUAGGUUUAGGGGUCCUGUACAGGUUUCAUUGCAAACUGAAUCCUCCAGCUUAGUCCAAAGUUUACAUUGGCCUGAAACACCAGAUCUCAAUCUGCAGUCGUCAAGUCAAUUGUUCACCGAUGGCUCUUCAAGUCAUUCAAGUGAUUACAGUUUUCCUGGAAAUGAUAUUGAUGAUUUACCCAGCGUAGUUCCCUUCACUUCUGCUGAACUAGGCAUUAACCGAUUAAUGAACCAGCAAGCCUUACAACGAUAUAACAUGGAUGGAGUUGCUCAGGUAUUAUUGGCACUUGAGAGAAUCGAACAAGAUGACGAGUUAACAUAUGAGCAGCUGCUUGCAUUGGAGACAAACUUGUUGCUUAGCGGCCUUAACUUCUAUGACCAGCAUAGGGACUUGAGACUGGAUAUAGAUAGCAUGUCCUAUGAGGAAUUACUAGCUCUUGAGGAGAGGAUGGGCACUGUUAGCACAGCUCUGUCAGAGGAGGCAGUAUCAAAGAGCCUUCAAAGAAGCAUUUAUCAAAGCAUGCCCUCGGAACUAGGGGCAUUUGGAGGUGAUGGGGAUGAAGAUGAAGAUGAGAUCAAAUGCAGUAUUUGUCAGGAGGAGUAUGUGGUUGGAGAUGAAAUCGGAAAGUUGGAAUGCGAGCAUGGUUAUCAUGUGGAAUGCGUACAACAAUGGUUAAAGCUCAAGAAUUGGUGCCCAAUCUGCAAGGCAUCAGCAGCUUCAUCAAAGCUAACAACAGCACCAUCAUAGUCCAGAACAAUUUAAACACCAACUGUCGGAAAAAAUAAAAACAAAUUUAGACACCAAAUCCAGAUGUGGGUAAGCUGAAUGGUUUGUUCACUGUACAAGUUCAUUCUGGAUGGGUGGUUCUAGCAUUUUAGUUUUCUCCUUUUGCUUGAUUCUUGUACAUUUUGUGGUUCACUUUUCAUUUUUUUCUUGACUAGUUAAUAUUUGACAUUUUAAGAAAUAAGCUCAGGUUUUUCUAA